GCGGCCACCGGACGCCACCUGCGGACCCAGCCCUCCGUGACCGCCGCUGCCCACCCUCGUCCCAUGCGGCCCCUCCGCCAUGCGUGUGGGGCCCCGUGACUCUCCAGAGCAGUCUCAGCGCGGUGGGCACCGGAGCCCGGGCCGGGACGCCUCUUGCUGAAGUCGUUGGGUGGCAGGGAUAGGGGGUCGCCACGUCGGGGACGCGGUCAGGACCCGCGGAGUUGGCUCCUGAGCGCGGGGAGCGGGGCCACCCGCGCCGCCCCACCAUUACCUCCCCAGGCGGCAAGGAGGAGCUGGUGGCGGUCGCCUCCCGGCUGUGGCAGCGGCGGCGGCGCGCCUGCCUGGCGGCCGUCGGCGUACUCCUGGCCAUGGCACUUGGGCUGCUCAUCGCGGUGCCCCUGCUGCUGCAGGCGGCGCCCCCCGGCGCGGCGCACUACGAGAUGAUGGGCACCUGCCGCAUGAUCUGCGACCCGUACAACGCCGCGCCCGGAGGGGGCCCCGCGGGCGCCAAGGCGCCGCCGCCCGGACCCAGCACCGCUGCCCUGGAAGUCAUGCAGGACCUCAGCGCCAACCCUCCGCCCCCCUUUAUCCAGGGACCCAAGGGCGACCCAGGGCGACCUGGCAAACCAGGGCCCCGGGGUCCCCCUGGAGAACCGGGUCCGCCUGGGCCCAGAGGUCCCCCAGGGGAGAAGGGCGACUCGGGGAGGCCCGGGCUGCCCGGGCUGCAGCUGACAACGAGCGCGGCCGGUGGCGUCGGGGUGGUGGGCGGUGGAGCCGGGGGCGGCGGCGACCCGGAGGGCGAAGUGACCAGCGCUCUGAGCGCCGCCUUCAGUGGCCCCAAGAUCGCUUUCUACGUCGGACUCAAGAGCCCCCACGAAGGCUAUGAGGUGCUCAAGUUCGACGAUGUGGUCACAAAUCUGGGUAAUCACUAUGACCCCACCACGGGCAAGUUCAGCUGCCAGGUGCGCGGGAUCUACUUCUUCACUUACCAUAUCCUCAUGCGCGGCGGCGACGGCACCAGCAUGUGGGCAGACCUCUGCAAGAAUGGACAGGUCCGAGCCAGCGCCAUCGCUCAGGACGCAGACCAGAACUACGACUACGCCAGCAACAGCGUGGUGUUGCACCUGGAUUCAGGGGACGAGGUGUACGUGAAGCUGGACGGCGGGAAGGCGCACGGUGGCAAUAACAACAAGUACAGCACGUUUUCGGGCUUUCUUCUGUACCCGGAUUAGGGGCACCGAGAACGCGCACGCGUGCGCGCGCGCGGGGGUGGCUUCAAGCUACCCGGUUCCCGCGGGAGCGCGCGGCAUUUUGGUGAGGGCCACUCUUCAGCUUCAUGACACUUCCUGGUAUCUUUGAUGGAAAAGACACAUCCCUGCUGUCCUCCUUGCCCCGCUCCUGGCCUCAGUGUGUGACUCACCGAGCUGUAAAGUGCGCCCCUGAUUCCUGUACCAAACCUGGGAAGGGAGAGGGGACGUCCAAGUAUGAGCUGAGCAUGAACCCCAGCCCUGGAGGCGCAGAGACUUUGCAAUUUGAUUGGAUUGGACAGAUGGUGGGGGAGUCUGCCCUCUCCCAGACCCUCUUCCUUCUCCCAGUGCCCCCGGGCCAAGGGCUCCAGGCCCCACCGGGGAGACAGGCCCACGUGAGCACUGCUCCCUGGGGCUUCCCUAUAUGUGACCCGGAAUACUUGUGCAGAUUUUCCUGUCCAUCAGCCAACUACUCAUCCCCAGCAGAAUUCCAGCAAAUAGAAAAUCCACCUUUCCCACAUACACACUGCACUCCCUCCUGA